AUGGUUGCAGACGCUCUGGUUUAUCACCCUGCCCUGGCGCAAUACCUACGCUUUGCGGCUACGACAGUCGGUCGUGAUAAGCUCCUCCGUACCCUGCAAUACUUCUCGCGCUUCUAUGCCUGGUACCUAUACCGUACCAACCAACCGCAAACCGCGAUCGCCCCAUACAAUGCAGUCAAGAAACAGUUUGGAACGACACGAAAGAUUCUGAGGAUCGGAAAGUUUAUCGAGCAUCUCAAGGCUGCUGCCCUUGCGGCUGAUAACAAGGGCCCCAUUGACCCUGUCCUGCGUUACUUGGCUAUCGGUCGCCAGCUCGGAUAUGCCGGUUAUCUGUCUCUUGACACAGUCACUGUUCUCGACGCAAUCGGGGUCCGGAAACUUGCGAAUAUUAAGCGCCUGCAAGACUCUGCUUAUCGCGCCUGGUUUUCUGGGUUGGCCUGCAGCGUGCUUGCAGGUGUCUACACCCUGUGGAGGCUUGGCGAGAAGCAGAAGACCCUGGAUUUGAAGGAGGGUGAAGGAGUUGUGGAGGCGAAGAAACUCGAGAAGGAACGUUCCGCUGCCCGCGUCCAACUUAUUUCCGACCUCUGCGACCUGACCAUUCCCGUUUCCGCCAUUGGUCUCGCAAACCUCGACGACGGGCUUGUCGGUAUUGCUGGUACGAUCAGCAGUUUAAUUGGCGUGUGGAGCCAAUGGCGAAAGAGUGCUUGA